CCUGCUCUGUCCUGCUCUGUCCCACUCUGUCCCGCUCUGUCCCCCUCUCUCCGUGUGUCCUGCUCUUGUGUCCCAGUGUCUCCCAGUCUGUCCCAGUGUGUUCCAGUCAGUCCCAGUGUGUCCCAAUCAAUCCCAGUCCCUCCCAGUCUGUCCCCAUCUGUCCCAGUGCCUCCCAGUCUGUCUCAGCCUAUGCCUGUCUGUCCUAGUCCCUCCCAGUCCAUCCCAGUCCACUCUAGUCUGUCCCAGUUUUCCUAG